GCAUAUAACACAUGUAUGUUUUCGGAACAAAAUUUGCUGGUUAUAUUGGCCAAGAAACAUGAAUAAUUUCUCACUAGUCACCACUGACUAAACCUCUCAAUCAACAACCGAAGAAGACAACAAAAUCAAACCUCAACACUGAAAUCAAAUUCAAUAACCGAAACCCUAACAAUGGCGUUCGAAAUUCCAGUGGAUCAAAUAAACCAGUUACAGAUCCUGCUUCGCAAAAACGCCAAUCUCUCAUGGUACCAACCAGAGAUAGAGGAAAAUCUCCCUCUCCCGAAGCUAUCUUCCAUCUCAGAAACCGUCGCAAAACUCGAUCCCUCGCCACCUUACCUUCGCUGCAAAAAUUGCAAUGGCAGACUCCUCCGCGGUGUUCAGUCUUUCAUCUGUGUCUUUUGUGGCACAAAUCCUCAUAAAGAUCUUCCUCCUGAACCGGUUAAAUUUAAGAACACUCUCGGGUAUCGUUGGCUGCUUGAAUCUCUUCAACUUGAUGGAUCGGAAAUGGUGGCACCAAUGGUGAAUGAACAUGCAUCAAACAGAGCGAGGAGUGAAUUAAAAGAUGAGAUCCCUUUAUCUGAACUACUAGAUUUGGAAACUCGAUGGCCUUCUGAGGCGGAGAGAACAAAUAAUUCAGAUUCGGAAGCAUUUCCAGGCGAAAGUUCAUUGAGUUUGUCUGGUGUUGAUCUGGAUAGUUUUUUUGAUCGGAAGGAAUCUGAUUCCAAUGUUUCUGGUCAGAAUUCGGCUUCUGAAAGACACGUGGGAGCUGCUUCAGAUAACACUUUUCAAGCUAAUGAAAAUCUGAGUUUCUUUCAGAAUGUGCAAGCUUCGGAAGCAUCAGGUGGGUUCACAGAGGAUCAGAGUGGUUAUUCCUUUUCGGGUUGGGAGGCCAACUUCAAGUUUGCUAGUUCUGGUCCUGUUCAUGAUUCCAAGUCAGUCGAUCAUUCUAAAGUUGAAUUGGAUACAGUAUCUGGGUAUAGGAAGGAUUCUGUUGGUGUAAUGAAAAAUGAUGAUUUCAAUCCUUCAGCAUCCGAUGAUGAUUGGUUUCAGGGUGAUGGAUUCAAAACUUCUAACUCAGUGAUAGAUGGCCCGUAUGGGAAGUCGGAAUCGACCGCAGAUCUCCAUCAUACAGGAAAAACAGAAAUUGGUAAUGGUUCCUCUAAUAGAAAUUUGGAUUGGAUGCAAGAUGACCGAUGGCAAGGGAGUGACACCAAGAUACCUGAUAUUGGGGUUACUGAUGAAGAAGAUUCAUGGAAUGAUUUUACUGGCUCAGCUAGAGCACAAGACCCUUCUGGUAUUAUUUCCAGCUCAAACAUAUCUUCCCAGACUGGAAACUUUGAAUUUUCUGCAGACCUGAGUGAUACAAAAACAACAGAGGGUGCUAAUAGUUCUUCUAAUAGGGACUUUGGCUGGAUGGAAGGUGACCAACAGCAAGAUAAUGAUAACAAGACAACUGAUAAAUUUAAAUUUGGUUCUGAUAAAGCUUCUUUUUCUUUUGAUGCAUGGAAUGUUUCCAAUUCUGAGAUAACUGGUGAGACUGGGAAAUUUGAAACGACUGAAGAUCCUAAUGAUACAAAAAUUGCAGAAAUUGCAUUUGCCUCAUCUAGUAAUUUUGACUGGAUGCAAAAUGAUCCUUGGCAGGGGAGCAAUAACAAGGCAAUUGGUAUUAUGACUACUAAUGAGGUUGCCAAUUCAUUUGAUACAUGGAAUGAUUUUACUGGUUCAGCCAUUUCACAAAACCCUUCCAUCAGUGUUUCACACUCUGAGAUAAAAGACCAGACUGGGAUAUCUGAAAUUACUGCUGAUCUUCAUGGUACCAAAACAGCAGAGGGCACUAACGCUUCGACGGUUAAAAGUUUUGACUGGAUGGAAGACGACCAAUGGCAAGUUAGCAAUAACAAAACAAAUGAUACUGUGACUAUUAAUGGUAAUGCCGACUCAUUUGAUGUUUGGAGUGGCUUGACUAGCUUGACCACUAGACAAGAAGAUCCUUUCAACAAUGUUCCUUUACAAACUGCGAAUCAAACUCCUUCUGAAAAUACUUUUGAAAUGGGUUUAUUUGGAUUGUCUGACAACUCACAUGAUAUGAAUUUUAGUGGAUUUUCACAGCAUGAUUUAUUCGGACAGUUUGAUAAUCCACUGAGUACUCCUACAACAACCAAUGCUCAACCUGCAGCUGCUUCUUUAAACAGGGUGGCUGAUGUGGAUAGCAUGAGACAAAAUCCUAGAGAUGUUUCCACUGCAGAAGUUGGAUCAAAAGAUGACGUUGAGAUGUUGAUGUCACAAAUGCACGAUCUCUCUUUUAUGCUUGAGAGCAAUGUUUCAUUUCCCCCAAAAUGAGAUGCACCUACUUUAUUUUCUCAGAAUACAUGUUCAGUCAUGCUACGUCUCAAUAUCAAGAUCAAAUUUGUAAUCUGUAACACAUGUUCUUCUCCUUUCUCUGUAUCUGUUUUCUCUAAUGAAAAAGGGGGGGGGGGUAUAUGGUUUUCCUUGAUGGUUUUAAUUCCACUAUUUGUUUUCAUUUGUUGGGUGGAAUUCAUUAAAUUAGUUUUGAUUGUAAAUCAAGCAUGUUGGUGUUGUGUUGUUUUAUGGUACGCAACUACUGUACAUAGCAGAUAGUUUACCUUGUGGAGAUGAUUAUGACUCUGGUACCAUAUUGACCAAAGUGAAACAUAAAAAGACAUAAUUGUUCCAUUUUUUUCUA